UCAGAAAGGCAGGGGAGCAUUUCUGGUGCCUGCCCAGCUCUGCUGCUGCUGCUCUGGGCUCACAGCAGGACUCUGGGUUGGUCUCUGACACCUCUUAAGUUUCUGCCUCUCCUUCCCCUCCCAGGUACGCGGAUCUGAUGCCACACGACCUGGCAAGGGCAGCACUGCAGGGCCUGCUGACCCGCACCAACGUCCCAAAGGACGUUGUGGAUUACAUUGUUUAUGGCACAGUUAUCCAGGAGGUGAAAACCAGUAAUGUUGCCAGAGAGGCUGCCUUGGGAGCGGGUUUCUCCGACAAAACCCCGGCCCACACCGUCACCAUGGCCUGCAUUUCCUCCAACCAGGCGAUGACCACGGGUACGUGGGCUGGGGGAACAGGCUGUGGGGUUGAGAAAGAGGCUGUAGAGGAAUUUCCCAAGCUCUGACUUGCACUGCUUUUG